UAGUAAUCUUUGGCCUGGAGUUCUUGUCAAUGCUGUGGGUUGUUCGAGAAUAGGUGCUCUACAUGCAUGAACUUACUGAAUCCUCACACCUAAGAGAAGGUGUUACUGUCCCCGUUUCCAGGCGAGGACAGGAGGCACAGAGGCUGGCGCUCCCUGUAGGUCACAGCUGGGAGUGCAGCCACCCCAGGGGGAUGGCUUUGAGCCUGGGUUCUGAAGGCCGCUCACCACACCGCCUCCACCAAGGCUACGGAAACACCGUCCGUGGGGACACGAGCUUUGGGAAGCUUCCCUAAGCCAAGUCUGCACCUUGACCCCACAUGCAGUCCUCCGUUCAGAGCACCACCGCCUUCAGGGCCCCGUCUCCGCGUGCCCUCAGCCCAGCUUCAGACUCAGGGCUGGAAGUGGGUCACAGGAUGGAAAAUGAGAGGGCUGGCCUGAGGGGAACUGGAAGUGUUUGCUAUGACGGGAAAGCAGAAGAAAGGGAAAGUCCCUGCCUUCACCCUCCCUGGUGACGGGAAAGGGGUCAGGCCCUGUGUGUGCGAAGGUAGGGAAGGAAGAGAAGGACCAGGGGAAAGGGGGAAAGGGAGGGAGGGCAUGUGGGCAGACAGGCAGGGACCUGGAGCCCCAGCAGCUUCUUCAGAAAGCGCUUCAGUUUGCAGCGUUGAAGGCGGACGUGAACGUGCAGAGAACGCCCAGGCCUAUAGGGUUUUCUAGCACCAACUCCUCCACAUCCCCCACCUACCAAGGGCUCCACUGUUAGCCACACUCUCCCCUGCACCCCCACAGUGUUGGAAGGGACGUCUAGGAUGAAGGCGUGUGGCCCCAUGUAGGUCUCCAUGGCAGUGAGACGAGAGCUGGACAAGUUCUUGGCUCUGCCUGUGCACAAAGCUGCUGGGCGGGGGAGAGCGAAGGGCAAGAUUGUUCACUGGUGUGAGUCACUGUGAACCCCACCCACUUGAGGCAAACUUGGCCAGUUUAAGUGGUGGGAACUGUCAACCGGGCGAGGGACUGUGGCUUUUUCAGCAGCCUCGUUAGCUCUCAGUCAACGAGGAAGCCUCUGGGUGAGGAAACUGUGGCCAGACCAGCAGCGGGCCGUGCUCUCGGCCCCCUGACUGGAGGCUGUGGGGCCUGUGCACAGAGCACCUGCAGACGGAGCCGCCCGGCCACCUGCCUCUGGAGAUGCUGGGGCCAGCUCUCGCCUUCCUAGUCCUGUUCCUGCAGGGACGGCACAGCCCAGCCGCUUCCUCUUGCCCGGAACCCCUGUCUCCGGAUGGACCUGUGGUGAGACCUUCGGGCACGUCUUUCUGCUUAGGGCCCGGCCACACCCCGACAGCCGUGAGGUCUUUUGACUGGCAGGUACGGCUGCGCUCAAACCCAAGCCCUUGUGUGCUGUUCACUUGGAAGAAUGAUUCUAGGUGGCAUCAUGCGCAUCGGAAUGCCAGUGACUGCAACAAUAGGCUCAAUUUUAGCAUCAAGGAGUUAAGGCUCCUCCUUAAGGCCGCUCAGCCCGACGACAGCGGCACCUACUCCUUGGAGGUCACCUUUGAGAACGGCACCGUCAGGACCCACCGCUUCCACGUGUCCGUGUUGGACCCUGUGGGGAAGCCCGAGCUGCAGCUGCUGGAGCAGACGGCGGCCCUGGGCAGUGGACAGUGCCGAGUGACCCUGAACUGCUCGGCCUCCGGAGGUGGUGAUGUGACCUACACCUGGUUCCGAGGGGGCGAGAGGAUCCCGACGCCCAGGAGCCCCUUCCGACUGGAGGAGCAGGUCGAUGUCAACGGCGGGCACAUAUACACCUGCAACGUCAGCAACCCCGUCAGCUGGGCGCACCAGAGCCUCCAGCUCGGCCAGGGCUGUGGGAGCGCCCCCCAGAAGCUCGGCCUCCUGCCCCUCUUGAUGAUCAUCUUGGUUCUCAAACUUACACUGCUGGGCACCCUCACUAGCGUCUGUGUGUGGAGAAGGGGGAGGAAGCCGGCAGAGCCCGGCCCAGAGGCAUCGCUGACAGUUUAUGAAGAUGUCAACCACCCGCCAGGCAGGAGCGGCCAGGUUGGAAAGAUACAACCCAGAGCUCAACACGCUGCCUGACUCAACACCAGGAGCUGGAGAGCUUUUCUGUAUAAUCCCAGGGGCCACUGCUGGCCUCCCCUGUGUUGGGACCCAGCGUCUGUUUUGGGAAUCAGUGCAACGGAUGACACCAUAUGAGUCUACAUAAUAGUUCCUAGUCUGGGAGUUUGUUGAUGGACUAUAUUUAGUUUUGAAAAUGAUUUUUAACAGCGAUUAAAAUGAAGCAUCCAUCUUAUAUAAAAACUGCUGUUUGAAAUUUUAACCCUGCUAUUUCUGGCUUCUGUAAAUGCUUGCUGGCUUAAAUAAUAAGGAAAAUAAGACUACACCCAUUUCAGAGAGGCCGUAAACUCUGCCCCAGACAAAGUUAUCAAUGCUGGCGUCAGGCCAAGCCUUUGUUUGAGGUCUCAAAGCACCAGCACAUAGGGCCCUUUAAGAACUUGCAAAGGGAACUGGAAAAACCCCAUAUUGGGGAGACCAAGAGGGUAAGAUAGUAUAAAUACAGGAAACUUCCUGUGUGAUUUCACCCAGAAUUUGGGAGUCUCAAGCUCCCGACUGCUCUGAACUCC